AGAGAGAGGUUUUUCUUUAUAAGGAGGAGGAGUGAGGGCCGAAACAGCAAUAGCAAGAAAUCAAAGGGUGGAGUGAGGAAGAAGAUAGAGAGUCUGUGUGAAGCGAAAAAGCCAUGGAGCCUCCCCAAUCAUGGGCGAAUUGGGGCUCUGUUCUUGCCUCCUUCAUGUUCAUUGCCGCCUUCGCCAAAGACUUCCUUCCCUUCUCCCCCCGCAGCCUAAUUAAAAGGAUCUCCCACAAGCUGUUUGAUUUCCUCUACCCUUACGCGGAGAUUCGAAUCGACGAGCAGAGCCGCGACUGGUUAAGAAGCAGCAGCAAGGUCUUCGACCUCGUCUCCGUCUACCUCGCCGCCAAUUCCUCCAAGUCCGCAAGGAAACUCAGGGCCAAUUUGGACAAAGACAGUGAGAACCUCAAUUUGAGUAUGGAUGUGUACCAAGAGAUCACGGAUGAGUACAGUGGCGUCACCGUGUGGUGGUCGUCUCACACCAGCUCUUCUCGGCCCUCGCCCUUCCCCUUCUACUCUGAGACAGAGGAGCGCAGGUACUAUAUCCUCGCCUACAAUAAGCGACACAGGGAACUAAUAAUAAACUCCUAUCUCAAGCAUGUUUUCAAUGCGGCCAAAGCCAUUGAAGUUAAGAACAGGCGCAGGAAGCUCUUCACCAACAUGCCAACCAGAGAUCAUGAUUCCUUUUCAUCCAGGAAACGUGCAUGGAGCUCUGUGGUGUUUGAGCACCCUGCUUCAUUUGACACACUAGCAAUGGAUCAUGACAAGAAAGCUGAGAUCUUGGAAGAUCUUGAUUUCUUCAAGAACGGAAAGGAUUACUACGCAAAGAUUGGGAAAACAUGGAAGCGCGGUUACUUGCUCUAUGGUCCCCCUGGAACUGGUAAAUCCACACUCAUUGCGGCCAUAGCCAAGCAUAUGGAUUAUGAUGUCUAUGACCUCGAGCUCACUGCUGUGAAGAGCAACACUGAAUUGAGGAAGCUCUUGAUCGACACGAGCAGCAAAUCAAUCAUUGUAAUUGAAGACAUAGAUUGCUCUUUGGAUCUGACGGCUGAACGGAAGAACAAGAAGAGGGAAGAGGAUGCGCCUGAUGGCGGUGAAAAGCAGAAGAUUCCCAGAAUGGAUUACUCAGAGAGGGAUGAGAGCAAGGUGACACUAUCGGGGCUGCUCAACUUCAUCGAUGGAUUGUGGUCUUCAUGCGGGGAGGAAAGACUCAUAAUCUUCACCACGAACCACAUUGAGAAGCUGGAUCCUGCCCUCAUCAGGACAGGCAGGAUGGACAAGCACAUUGAGAUGUCUUACUGCACCUAUGAGGGGUUCACUGUUCUGGCCAAGAACUUCUUGAAUUUGGAGGACCACUCUCUGUUAGAUGAAGUAAAGAAGCUCAUUGAGAAUGAGAGGGUGGAGGUGACCCCAGCAGAUGUUGCAGAGAGAUUGAUGCCAAGGACCAGACAUGAGAAAGACAGCAGGACUCCCUGUCUAGAGAAGGCGAUCGAAUUCAUGAAGAAGGCAAAAGAGGAAAAGAUGAAGAAAGAGAAAGAUGGUGAUCCACAAGAAUCCACAGUAGAUGAUGAUGGCCUCACUGCUAGCAGUGAAGGGGGUGAUUAGUCUUUCAGUUUUAUGCUCUUGUAUGUAUUUUGAUAAUUCUGGAAGAGAUCUGAUGAAGACCCAAAAUGGCGUAUUUUGCAAAUAAACCUUUUUCCCCCUUAAAUAAAGGAUUAAAAGUUGAAGGA